AAAAAACUGAAGAUAAUUCAUUAAUUCAUCUAAUCUGACUUAAAGCUUUGGCUUUUAGAGUUAAAUUAAGAAGAAAAAAGAGAUUGGAGAAAAGGGUCAACUCCUUCAUCAUCUUCACAUGGUCUCCAUUCACGAGGACCCCACUUUCUCUCUCAUCCUCCAUGAAACAACAAGCCAAAAACUUCAAUUUUUCUCUUUUUCUUUUCUUUUGGUUUAAGUUUUUUUUUUUUUUCUUUCAAAAGAAAAAAUUAAUAUUAAUCGACCAUUUGGCUGUUGCCAACAGAAAAGAUCACUAUUUUUUUCAUAACCAGUAGUACUUGUUAUUACAGUCGGUCUUCGAUAAAGAUUCUCACACCUUCUUUCCCUUAGCUUACGCUUACGCGUUUUCGAUUCCUUCCCAUCUUGGAUUUUGGGAAGAAGAAGAUUAUAAUUGGAGAAAAGGGUUUUGUUCAUUAGCAUUGAUGAAGGAGAAAACACAGAGAAAUUACAGAUAUUGAUUGAAUUUGGAGUUUUGUUUUUAUUCUUUUUCUUUUUUUGGGAACAAUUCCAGAGAUGAUGGAGUCUAAGUCUAUGCGCUUCAUCAACCACCAACUGUUCUUCUCCGCCGUCCAAUCGGGUGACAUCGAAAACUUUAAACAGUUACUGGAUAAGCUGACUCAUGAGGAACCGUCCGAUCACUCGUCCAUGUCUGAUCUGAUGGCCCUCCAGAACGACGCCGGGGAGACUGCCCUAUACGUCGCUGCAGAUAAGAACAUCGAGGACUUGUUUGAGUUCUUGCUUAAGCACUGUGAUGUUCAGACGGUGAAGAUCAGGUCCAAGUCCGAUAUGAACGCCUUCCAUAUCGCUGCUAAGCGUGGCCACUUGGGUAUCGUGAAGAAGCUUGUGGGACUUUGGCCAGAGCUUUGUAAAUGUUGUAACGCCAGUAACACCAGCCCCCUUUAUUCAGCUGCCUCUCAGGACCAUUUGGAGGUAGUCAAUGCAAUCCUGGAUGCUGAUGUUACCUCAAUGAUGAUAGUGAGAAAAAAUGGAAAAACCGCAUUACAUAACACUGCUAGGUAUGGCCAACUCCGUAUUGUAAAGGCCCUUAUAGACCGUGAUCCAGAAAUAGUACGUAUCAAAGAUAAGAAGGGUCAAACUGCUCUUCAUAUGGCAGUGAAAGGUGACUGUCCUUUGGUAGUGGAGGAGAUACUGCUCGCUGACCACUCUAUACUUAACGAGCGUGACAAGAAGGGUAACACUGCUUUGCAUUUAGCUACAAGGAAAUGUCGUUCACAGGUUCAGAUAGUCAGCGUUUUGCUUAGCUAUCCAUCUGUUGAUGUCAACGCCAUAAAUAAUCAUCAAGAGACUGCUAUGGAUUUGGCUGAUAACUUACCAUAUGGAGAAUCUGCGCUGGAAAUUAAGGAAGCUCUAGCAGAAGCUGGUGCCAAGCAUGCCAGAUUUGUUGGCCAAAUGGACGAAGCUAUGGAACUCAAGAGAACUGUAAGUGACAUUAAGCAUGAGGUUCAAUCACAACUCAUACAAAAUGAAACAACACGACGACGGGUUUCUGGUAUUGCAAAAGAACUGAAAAAGCUGCACAGAGAAGCUGUUCAAAACACUACCAAUUCCGUGACUGUUGUUGCUGUUCUUUUUGCGUCGAUAGCCUUCUUGGCAAUAUUUAACUUGCCUGGUCAAUAUCUAAUGAAAGGAAAGGAUGUAGGAAAGGCCAACAUUGCUGAACAUGUUGGUUUCCAUGUAUUCUACCUUUUGAAUGCCAUAUCUCUCUUCAUUUCUUUAUCAGUUGUUGUGGUUCAGAUUACUUUGGUGGCUUGGGAUACGAGGGCUCAGAAGCAGGUUGUAUCAGUGGUUAACAAACUGAUGUGGGCAGCCUGUGCUUGCACUUGUGGGGCUUUUCUCUCCAUAGCUUACAAGGUGGUCGGGAAAGGAGAUUCAUGGAUGGCGAUUGUCAUAACCGUUGUGGGAACACCAAUUCUCAUUGGUACUCUUGCAUUCAUGUGUUACUUUGUUCUCCGGCAACAUUUUGGCUUCCACCGUGACUCUCAGAGGCGCAUCAAAAGGGCGAGUGGAAGCAAGUCCUUCUCAUGGUCGGUCUACUCUGCAAAUGUAUCAGAUCCUGAGGACUAUAACUCUGACCUUGAGAAAAUCUAUGCUUUGUAAACUUUACUAGAUGUUUUUCAUUCAUAUUGAAUGUUGAUCUGUAAAAUAGUAAUUGGAAACUAGAGUUCAGAUGUAGGUGUUGCGUUGCAGCCAUCAAAAUGUUGAGAUUAUACCAAGUAAAAGUAAGGGAAUGUAGAUUAAUGUAUAUUUAAUAAAUUUUGGUAAGUAAUUUAGUACUUGUUCAAUGCAACAAUACUACCACUAGCAUUUCUAUUA